AUGGCAGACAAUCGUAACGCAACUGGACGAGCUUUACAGCGGAUAGCUCAGAUACAUGCUGCAUUCUCUUCUGCAAACAGCUCUUGUUCUGGAAACAACAAAAGCUCGACCUUUUCAUCAACAGAUGCAAAUACUAGCAGUGCUACGGUUUGCAUUGGAGAUGUUGUUUUUCAAGUACGGACUCCAGAAUAUCCAGAGCUUGUUCCAAGUUUGUCAGUUCCGUUUUUUGAUGGUGCUCAAGAUAUGAUCGCUCAUCUUCGAUGGAUGGCACAAAAGGAUCUUCUUGGACAAGACAUCGAUCCAGGACCACUAAGACGGCAUUUGGUAUUGAGAUAUGCUCAGCUAUCUCAGCGCGAGAUUGAGUACGUUGCUAUCUCACGAGAUGUUUCAGAUACAGAUCUAAAACAACGACGUGAAAUUAAAAACGGUACUGCAUUUUACAUUGAUCAAGCGUGUGUUCGUGCUGCCAUAUUUGGCAGACUUUUGAUUUUAGAUGGCGUAGAGAAAGCAGAACGGAAUGUUUUGCCUCUGCUAAAUAAUCUCUUGGAAAACCGAGAAAUGGCUUUGGACGACGGUCGGUUUCUCGUUCAUCCAAAAAGAUAUGAUAGUUUAAUUCAAGGUCAUGGAAUGUCAAGUCUUGACAAAGCAAAGAAAUACGAUGGAUUUCCGCUUGACCCACCAUUUAGAAGUCGGUUUCAAUCGCGAAGCAUUAAUCCGCCUACACUAAACAGCAGUUUAAGUCAUCUGUGUGGUCGCUUUCCGAGUGUUUCGCAACAGUAUAUUGAACGGCUUGUUUGUGCAAGUGCUGUUUUGCGAGAUAUAUCAUCAAUUCCCGAUUUUCCAAUUAUUUUUGAUAACUUUGUUGCCAUUCUUCAGUCAUUUCCAAAAGUCGACCCAAGUAUCCUGAUCGAAGCCUGUUAUCCAUAUUUAUCACUACCAUUUUUUGACGAGCAUACUAAAAAUAUAUUUUAUGGCGUAUUGAAGCGAUUUGAUUUGGCACACCAUCAGGACAUAACCAGCACUAGUAUGGCUCUUGAAUCCUUAUCUGAAAAAACACAUACCUUACCAUAUAGCAUAAUAUCUUUUGGAGAUGCUAUUUUGCCCACAGAAAACCAGGAACAACAGCUACCCCCUUUAAUUGAGCGUAUAGUGCAAUUUCGUGAUAUCACUGGGGAUACUUUAAAAGUUCGACUUUCUAGUGGAUCUGAAAUUUCACAGCAAACUUCCCUUUUUGUCAUGACCCCUUAUCAUGAACAGCUUCUUACAAAGCUGCUCAUGGUACAUACAUCUAGUGACAUUUGCAUUACUGGCGAUAAGGGAUGCGGAAAAUCAGCCAUUAUACGUGUCCUUUGCCAGUCCCUGGGAUACCAAACAGAGUAUGUCUGUCUUUACAAGGAUUUUUUUUCAAGAGAUCUUUUGCAGCGAAGAAAUACACUUUCAUCUGGAGAUACUGUAUGGGAGAAUUCAGGGUUGAUCGAGGCAGCACUAAAUGGUAGAAUCGCAAUACUGGAUCAGAUUGAUGCUCUUGCAUUUGGUACACUUGCUAGUAUUCAGCGACUUAUAGUUGAUCGAGAGCUGUCCUUGCCAGACGGCAGUACUCUUGUUCGCGCAGAUCGAUUCAAAUCCCUUAUUGUAAAGCAUGGCUAUUCUCGCAAAGAAUUAGCCAAACGUCAGAUAUUUUGCAUACAUCCUUCAUUCAGAAUCAUUGGUAUUGCACGAUCUACUUUAUCCACAAGCAUAAAAGGCCUAUGGUUGACACCUGAAUUGGCUUCAAUGUUUUUGUUUGUUCCGAUGCGCAAUCUUAAUCUGGAGGAAGAGACUCAUGUUAUCCAGUCUUUAUAUCCUCAUGCGCCUGUAGAGCCCAUGCGACAUUUUAUAUCGAUUGCUUCAAAAUUGCGCUUGGAAAAGGAUGAUACUCUUAAAGAAUUUUCUGCGAGUUUAUCUACCAGACAACUACUUCGGAUUGCUCGAUAUCUGACCAAAUAUCCACAAAAUAAUCCUCGAACUAUUAUCUUCAAAGCAACUCUAUAUCAAUUUUUGCCAGCAUUAGCAAAAGAUGCGCUUGAUCUUUACCUAGAUGACCAAGGAGUUCCCCGUCAGCAAGAUACCGACAUAAAAAAAGAUGUUCAGUGUGCGGUCGUUUUGAAAGCUGACUCGGCCCAGUCAUACCUUCAAAUUGGUGAUGUAUCUCAUCCGAUUCUUGAGCCCACCAACCCAUUAUUAAUUCCAGACGUGGUGUUUUUUGAGAAUUCCAAGCAAACUAUGAUAAUGCAGGAAAUACUUAGAGACUACUCGCUAGGAGAGCAUCUCUUGAUAAUCGGCAAUCAGGGGGUUGGAAAAAACAAAAUUGUAGACCGAUUCCUUCAACUUUUGCGUCUUCCGAGAGAAUAUAUUCAGCUGCAUAGAGACGUCACCGUUUCCAGUUUGACUUCGUGCCCUACAAUUGUGAAUGGGUGUCUUGUUUAUGAAGAUUCUCCACUAGUUCGUGCUGUUCGUGAGGGAUACAUUCUUGUUGUUGACGAGGCUGAUAAAGCUCCGACACAUGUCACUGCCAUUCUCAAAUCCUUGGUAGAAGAUGCUAAUCGACCAGGUUUUCCAUUUUUGGGUAACGAUUUUUGGCGAGAAGUUGGAGACGUAUUUGCUUGCCAUGUUGUUGAGAAUCCUGAUUCCGAAUCAGAGAUGCAACUUUUGAAGCAUUAUGCACCUGAAACACCAGAUCAUAUGCUUUUAAAGGCCAUUAGUUUAUUCAAUGAUCUUCGUAAAUUGGUUGAUGAGGGACUUAUAUCAUAUCCCUAUUCUACUCGCGAGCUAGUAAAUGUAGUAAAGCAUAUGCAGGCGUAUCCUAGCGAGGGAUUAUCUAAAGCAUUGCAAAACGUAUUUGACUUUGAUCUUCACGAGCCUGAUUUGAGGGCUCUAUUGAUUGAUACAAUGACAAAGCAUGGAGUUUCAAUUGGUAAAGAAACCAUUUUUAAACUUCGGUUGGCAAAUAAUAUCUCACUUUCACCGUCUACAAUAUUGGAGCACUGGCAUGUGUUAGCACAUGCUAGAUUAUGCAUAUCGGGAGAUGCACAUAGUAUUCAAACUAGAGGACCUUGGCCAUUGCGGCGGCCACCGACAUGGGAGCCAUUGAUUUUGAAAAAUGAACGCGCAACGACUUUUACAGAACUGCUCUACACCUUCAAGCUUCCAUGUGUUGGAAAUUCAUUGGAUAUUAUUCAUGCACACGAUCAUUGUCUGCUUGUAGCGACUGCUGAGCCAUCAAUGUUGACUAUUAUCUCUCCUGACCACAGGACUUAUCAAAAGAUUGAACUGUAUGAGUAUGUUCCUGCAACUAGCGGAACUAGGCUGUAUAUUGCUGAAGUUUCUCCCAAUGUCAUUUGCAUUUUGAACUCGGUAGAAAACAACAUUGUAUUGCUUGAUUUUAUCAAGGGUUUGACCAGCAUUCUUAGUAUUGUUGGAAUGGAUCCAGCAAUGGAGUCUACCAUGUGUGCUGAAUCAGCUGCUUUUGGUUACUUGCCGUGGCCUCGAUCAGUUGACGAUUAUGCACACAACGAAUAUAUAAAUAUCGAGCCAUGCUUUCAGUAUUUGAAAAUUUCAGAGCAAUUAGCCACGUUAAUACCUUCCGAGAAUGAUGGCCAUGGAUGGUUAGAGUUGUUGGAUAAAAAAUCGAAUUGCCUUCGUCGAAUUGACAUGAGACUCGCAGUUCCAAACUCUGCUGUAUUAAAUCGGAAUACAACAAUGACGGAAAAAACACUUUACUUGAUAUCUGGAAAGCGUUUGAAUUUGGGAAAACUUGUAGAACUGCCUGAUGGAAAUUUGCUUUUCAUGAACAAUCUAGGAUUAGUUAGUGUGGUACAAAUACAAGCUGAGCAAACUGCUGAAGAUGAAAAACACUGGAAAAAACUUACUGGAAUGCAAGAUGAAAACACGCUUAAAAUUAUCUACAAUGGCAAUCACCCGGAUGCAUUGGCAGAGUCACAAGAUAUGAUAGGUCAGGGUGGAAAUGAAGGGAGCGGACAGGGACAAAGUGAUCAAAGUGGAUCUGGAGGAUCUGGAGGAGGUGGAGGAGCUGGAAAUGCUGGCAAUAAUUCGACUGACAAUAUUGGCAGCGGUUUGUCGGAUUUAAAAGGUCGAGAGUCUGGAAAUAUAAACGAGUCGACGUUUCAGCUGCGAUCUGCUGGAGAACUUCCCAAAGAAAUCACAGAAGCGCAGUUGGCGCUGCAUCAUAAACUACUAGAAUCCAAACUUAAACAACUUGAUAUUUCAGCCAAAGACAUGUCGUUAUUUACAAAGUAUAAAACAAAUGUUCAACGAGAAAUAAGAGAAUUGCGUGUAAUUCUAGAAGGGCUUGAAGCAAAAGAAAAAGAAAGAGUCUGGAUCAGAAACAAAACAAAUGGCGAUAUAGAUGAAACAAAACUUGUCGAGGGACUUGCAGGUGAUCGAUCAAUUUACCGAAUUCGAGGUGACAACAACAACGAUCCAGCAUUUCAAAAAUUACCAAAAAAACUACACUUUGUGUUUGAUCUAAGUGCAAGUAUGAUGAGAUUUAAUGGUCAUGAUGGACGAAUGGAACGAAGUCUUGAAUGUGCAGUGAUGCUCAUGGAAGCUUUUCGUGGAUUUGAGUAUAAGCUGCAAUACAAAAUCAAUGGUCAUUCUGGUGAUGGGCCUAAUACACAGUUUAUACAAGCAGGCAAAUUUCCAAAAACUGAAAAAGAUAUGCUUGAAAUUAUAAAUCGAAUGAGCAUACACGCUUCCUAUUGCAUAAGCGGAGACAAUACAGUUGAUGCCGUAACAACUGCCAUAAAGGAUAUUACAGAGGAAGAGGCAGACGAUUAUUUUGUACUGGUGUUGUCAGAUGCUAACCUGAACCAAUACAAUAUUAGUCCAGAAACAAUAGCCACAGCUUUGAAGUCAGAUUCUCGUGUAAACGCAUACAUGAUCUUUAUUGGAAAUUUGUCUGAUCAAGCUCAUCAAUUCUCCAAAGAUCUUGGUGGGCACGCCUUUGUGUGUCUCGACAACAAAGAACUUCCAAAGAUUAUGAAAACAAUCUUUCUUUCGUCAUUUUUGAAAUAAAUUUGACCAAGAAUGCUCUAUUUAGAAAUAAAUCUAAGAUAUUCCAAGUUGGAGUUGG